AUGGCGGCUUGUUGCCACUGGGCAUGGUAUACACAAGAACUCUACGAGGAUAGACGUACUGUAGAAACAAAAAAAGGUGCGUGUAUGUAUCCAAACGGGCGUGGAGGUGGCGGAGAAAAGAAGGAGACUGAUCGGACAUGGUCGGAUCAUCCCUAUGAGAAUGAGGCGGUUGUCGGUUGUUUCGCCCGCACUGUCCCGUCACCGCCAAGAAGCGCCCAAAAAUAG